GCAAUUGCGAGAGUCAAAAACACGUCAGAAAAUUGGAUUUUGGACACUAUCUAAUAAACCUACAAAUAGAACAGUAUAUGUACGCUUUAAAAUGUGAGUAAAAAUACGAGCUUUUUAGCAGCGCCAUCGUAAGUUUUGUAGUAACCUGCAGCUUGCGAUUGUCGUUGCCGAACCUCGGGCGGCGGGGCGGCUGGUUCAAAUAUAAGCGCGCGAUCGUCCAGCGCCAGCGCCUUCAGCUGCGCAAGCUCGUUCUUCAGCUGUUUCCGGCCAACAGUGUUUACCCUGCGACUUCCCCGCGACGUCGAAACCACAUCGUCGCGCAGACGUUCAGCGGUUGCGUGAGCAGCAAGCCUAACGCCAAAAAUGACCGACGAGUACAUAGCCCACCUGCACAGGAGGCUCGACGUGCUCAACCUGUGCGUCGGCCUGUCCAAGGUCUCGGCCGACGACGCGUACUUCGUGAAGGACGCACAGGCGAAGCUGCAGCGGGCCAACGAACACCAGCGGCGAAUUCGCGAACGCGUCGAGCAGCACGAACAGGUGAAGGAACAAGAGGCGAAUCUGCUCGCCGAACUCGACGUCCGUUUGCAGCUCGCCGAAUGCCAGAAGGCGUUCCUCGACAGCCUAAUUCCACAGCGGCCAGCGCAUCAGCAGAACGACGUCGCUCGGGGCAACCAAGGUAACGGCUCGUCUGAACCCGGAGUGGGCGGUGACAGGCCGCAGGCGUCGCAGCGACCAGCUGCUGGUCCUCGGACCUGCACCAACUACAUCGCCCACCUGAGCGAGGGCGAGUUUGCGCACGUUCCCAAGUACAUGAAGGGUCGCUUCACGCUCGCCGCGCUCAACAAGCUCGUCGACGCGUUCAACAAGGCGCUCGCGUCCAAGUACGAGCUGCUGGCGCUGCCCAAGUCGCGACUCAAGGAGGCCCAGUGGAAGCGGGUGACGGCGUACAACCAGCAGGAGACGGCCGAGACCAAGAGGCUGUGCUUCCUGGUAGACGACGACCUGACCAAGGGAGGCGUCGGUGGGUUCGAGUCCAUCCGCAUCGUCACCCAGUUCAUUGUGGUGAUGCGCCACUGCGGUAGGAUACGCGAAAUCCGAGGACCCGAACGCAUCGUGCGCUACGUGGUGGUCUGAUUAGACGUUUUAUAGACAUUUUGUUUCUUUUUGCAUGUUCUGUACUGAUUUUACUGUGGUAUUUUAAAGUUUUUAUAGAUGUACGAAGCGGCUUUCAAUGGCCUCGCGGCAGUGUCGUGUUCUUUUCCCUGGGAAUAAAGUGCACUGCU